AAUGCAAGUAUUCCAGUAAACCAACUUAGUUGGCAUUGCGUUGCCUAGCAGCAAAUAAACAAAAAAUAUCAACAGUUCUAUUAGAAUUUUGCUGAAUCGACUUAAUACAGCUGCGAUCCAAGUUAUUAAAUACUGAUUAAAAUUUUAGUUAAACAUUCCGCCAUGGAAAGUGAUAAGGAAAAGCACAGCGAUGAGCUCAUGAAUCGCAUUCGAAAUGAGCUGACAGCCAUUAUAUCGCAGGAGGCAGCAGAUGAUAGGCAGAUAUCAAAUGAGCUACUCCUGAGUCCCAAUCCGCUGCCCAUUUUCGGGCAAAUAAGGAAGAGUAGGCUCACAAAGGCGGGGAAUUCGAAGAAGAAGGUGGGCAAGCCGUCAUCCGCCGGCAGUGGCAAGAGUUCUUCGUCUGCAACCGGUUCAUCUGAAGAUCGGAUGGCGGGUGGAGAUGGCCAGAAAAAGGAUACUAAUCCGACCUCCAGUUCCUCCAGUUUUUCGCUGAAAUCUGGAUUCGAGGGUCCGCCCAAGGAUUCCAAAAGCCGUUCCGAGUUCAUGGAAUCGCACGCGGCCAAGAGCAUCGACGACGAUGUGCAGAAGAUGCAGCUGGAGCUAAAGAAGAGCUACGAGCUCUUCCAGGGCAUUGGCGAGAAGUUCGAGUCAGUUAGCUUCACGGGCUUGAAGAAUCGCAUCAGGGAUUUGCACCUGAACGACUCCAACAACGAGAUGGGCAAGGCGACGACCGCGGAGCUGCAGAAGAUGUUCGACCAGCGUUAUCUGCAGAAUCGCCUGGAUAAGAUAACCACGGAUGCCACGCAGGGUUUUCGCCGGCAUCCCGGUGAAUUUGGGGACAUUCCGGAGCUGAGCACCUUCUUCCAGGCGUGCACCCAGUUGGAGCACGGAUUGGAUGCACUGCGUCAGCAGCGACGGCGCAACAGCGAGCUGGAGAAGCGCCUGUGCUGGGCCACUGAGAUUGCCUACGAUCGCAUGGACGAGAUUCGCAAUGCGGUGGGCUCUGAUCCGGAAAAGAACUUCUGAAUGAGCAAUUACUUAGUUAUUAAAGAUAUAUGUUAUUUUAUGGUUCAUCCUAAAGUUCAUUACCCGACUCACACACACACACACAGGUGCAAUACAUAUACAUAUAUCCCCCACACCCACACGGUGCAAUUGCAA